AUGGAAAAAAUGGAAAUGGUUUCAUCUCGUUUGCCUCUUGUGAAGGACAGAGGAGAGUGGAAUCAAUAGACAUUUAUAAUUAGACCCAAAUUCGAGAAGAAACAACGCUAGAGUAUCGAUAAUCAAUUGGAAAUACAGUUUCCAUUGCACAGAGACUUUGACUUUGUGGCCAAUCAUGCCAUGGGUUUCAAAGGGAAAAGCAAUGUGGACUUAUUCAAGUUCUACUAUCGAUUGUAUUUGAAGAAUAAAUUUGCAAUUCAGAGAAUCAGAAAGGAGAAGAAAGUCAAAGAUGGAUUAAAAAAGAAUGAGAAUGCUAAAAAGUAGAAACUAAACUAAACCGAAGAACCAAAUACAGAGGAGAUACGUAAUGCUUACAAAACAAUAGAGAUUAAACCACCAUCUUAAUAGAAAUAACUCAAAUUUGUCAGGGAAUGCAUUCAGAAUUUAUAAUAAUAGGCAUCAAUUGUUAAUAAACACUUAGAAUUGCCUAAAUUGGUUUCUUCUCAAACUCAAGUCAAAAUAGUUAAUAUCAAUAUUUCCAAAAUCCCUUAAGCCAGAACAAGGGAUUCAUAAUUGGAACUGGAAGAAUUAAUGCUGAGUAGAGUAGUGUAAGCAAUUUAAGAAUCUAAAAUGGUUUCACAUGAAGAUGUGAGAAAAGUAAAAGAAAUCAUUCUGCAACGACACAGUCAAUUGAGUGAGAUGGAGAGAGAAUUAUAAUUAAAUGAAAUUCUUGGAAUCAAGAAACAAAUCUAUGAGAGGGAAGUGGCAAUGAAGAAUGAAUUCAAUAGACCUCCAGGCAUUGAUAACCCUGUCAAUUUCAAUGAAUUAAGUUCAAUCUAAGAAGUUUCAAUCAUGAGAUCCAUGUAUGUCAAAUCAUUGCCUAAUGUGAGUGUUACUGAAUAUAAAUUUAACAACUAUGAAGAUGAACCUGAACUAGAGGAUGUAACUAACAAAACAAAAAUGGAUCUAAAAUAGAAAUAAAUAGAAGAAACACUCAUUUAAGAACAAUCAACUGAGAUGCAAUCUAUCUUACAAUAAAUGAGAUCCAGUUCGCUUGCUACAAAAGGCAAUGAGACUGAACAUAGCAAGGAGAAGACCUAAGAUAAGAAUAAACUAUUACCAACUUUAAAAUUCUUAGAAUAAGCUAAACAGUAAAUUGCUUAAAGAUCUGACAAUGACACUCAACAACUCUAAUAACCAUACUUUUAACCUGAUAUUGAAGACACAAGCAAGUCUAAGGUUUAAUAGAGUCUAUCUAUGGUAUCAUAACUACAAAAUAAAACAAGUAAAACUAUGAAAUCCAGUGUCAAUAGAUCAAAUCAAUUGGCAUCUGCUUCAUCCAAUCAUCAUUCAAAUCAAUUAAGUCUUGAGAAGAAAUAAACUGAAACUAUGAGAAAGAGUGCCUAUAAAUUAAAUGAAGAAUAGAAAGCCAGAUCAUCUGCCUAAGAAUUAGAUGUAAGUGACGAUAUGAAAUUUGAGAGAUAGAACUAUUAUGAAAUGAAAUUCAGUCAAAUCUUAUAAAGAGUAAUGGAUUAAAAGAAAAUUCAAGGAGGAGAAGAAUCUUAACAUUCUCAGACUCUCUCCUAAGUUGAAUCUGAAACUGUCUAAAAAAUAGCUUAAAAUCUAGUAUCCAAUAUUAUUAAUAUCCACAAAAAUCCAACUCCAAUUAUGGAUCAACCGUCUACUUUCAAUUACUUGGAUGUUGACUCUGAUGAUUAAGAGAAAGCAACCUAAAGUAUUCCUGUCAUCAAAAGUGAAGAUAUUCCAGAAGAUGCUCGCAGACAUCUCUCUUACAAUCGAGAUAUUUCUCAUCUUGAUCAUACGUUUAAAAUUGAGAGUUAGGUUUCUCUCAAUGAUAAAAGAUUGAAUGAAGAAUAAAUUGCUAAUAUUAUCUAAUAGAUUUCACAAUAAUUACUAUAAGCUCAAAUACCUCCUGAUCAAAUUGAAAAACAAUUAGAUGAAGUCACUAAUAUCCUACUUAAACAUCCAAUUAAUAAAUUAUCAUCCAAGUUACUUAAGUAAUCAACAACCAUUAUGCAAAAUGAACCAAAUAAAAAGAUCUAUUUGGAAGAAACUAGAUAUCCAAUCAAACCACCUAAAAUAACUCAUAAUAAAGAUUAAAUUGAUUAUUUGAAAUUUUAUGAAGAAAAUGCACCAUCCAAAUAGGAGAAAUCAAGGAAAAGCUAUAAAAUCUAGGAUAGUUCCAAAAGAUCCAAGCCAUCUACUAUGAUCAAAAAUAUGUCUGAGGAUGAGCGAAAGCAAUUUCUAGCUUCCCAUAAGAUGAAUCUUUAGGAAAGAGCCAAUUCAUAAGAAUUGGACGAGGAGUUGCAAUUUCUAUAAACUGUGAUUGAUGAUCAGAAGAAAUAAAGGGAAUAAAUAUUCACUAAGAAAUAAUCCUAACCAUUACAAUCAGGUAAGAACACAUCAAGAGAUUUGAUUGAUUUUGAUGAAUCUAGUGAAAAAUAAUAAAAUACAUUUAGAUCUCAUAAUCCACCAACUAAUAUCAAUUACGAAUCUGAUCAAAUUAAAUAAGGAUAAACAGAAAUCAAUUUUAAUAUAAGAAGACCUUAAGUUAAAUAAAAAACUGAUUAAACUUAAAAUUAAUCUGAAAAAGGUUAGCAAAUGUAAAUCUCCAGUUAAUAAGGUACAUAAAGAUCAGAUGCUUAGAGAAGCAGAACUAAAAGAUCAAAUCAGGAUGAAUAAUAAGCAAAUUAACCUGAAGGUUCAUCAUAGUCUUAUGGAACUUAUAAGAGUCUCAAAUAUGGGAAUAGAGAGAGUAGCGAUAGAGGUAAUGAAAAUAAGGAAGUUUAUUCUCCAAACAUAUCAGUUGAAGAAGUACCUCAUUAAGAUGAAUAUGAUGAAUAAACAGAUAAAGAAGAUGAAUAAGUUGUAGAGGAGAUCUAGGAAAUAAUAGAUGAAAAUGGAAAUGUCGUUAAUGUGGUCACAAAGAGAACAAUUAAAUAGCCGACUGAAAAUUCAAAGAAGUCAGAUCCCAAAUAAACUGAAAGAUCAAAGAAAUCAAAAUAAUCAGGUUCAUAAUAAUUAUAAUCUCAAAUCAAUAAAUAGAAUCCAAGAGAAAAAACAUAACAAUCAUAGUAUAAGGAAUAAGAAUAACAUUAAGAAUAAUAGUAAUAAUAAAACUCAUCAUAAAAUAUUGUUUCAUAACCUAUGCAAAAAUAGAUAUCAAAUUAAUAAUAAUAAUAUUAAUAAGAAUAACCAAGUAUUAAUAACAAUGAAGAUAAAUAAAUUAAAUUAAAUCUUCAACGCUAAGAUAGUAAUCAAAAUUAUGCUGAGAAUUCUUCAACUUAAUAGAUUUAUUAAUAAUAAUUACGAAAUAGAACAAAUUUGUAGGAUAUUUAAUUAAGGAGCUAUUAACCUUCGCAAAAUUAAUCUAUGGUUAAUAGCAGUGGAACUCCUCAAUAAAAUAAUACUCCCCUUUAGCCUCCUAGGAAACAAGGGGGUAAGAAAACUAAAUUUGAAGAUUAGAGUAGUAACAAUAAUAACAGUAAUACACCUUAAGCAAAAUUACAAAGAGUUAAAACUAAAUUAUCAAGAUUUUAGGAAGCAGCUAAUAAUAAUGAUGAUGACGAUUAUGAUUAUGAUUGGGAUGAUGAGGAUCCAAGCAAUAAAAAGAAGAAAAAUACUUCAAAAUCAAGUAAAUCCACUUUAAGAAAUGACAUUUAAUCACCCUCUAUUUCUCCGAUGACUAAGUAACAAAAUUAAGCUACGAUAGCGAAAAAGAAGGUUUAUGAUUUAAAAUAGGAAUACGAAUUGAUAGCUAAGCAAAAUUUAAGUUUGGCAGAUCUCAAGAAGGAUAUAGAGAAAAAGAUUUCACAAUUAUAAAGUCCAGAUGAUGAGGCUAAAUAUAAUAUCUAUUUAUAUGAAUAGCGUUAAAAGCAACUGAAGCAUAUACCUUAAACAAUAGAAGGAUUAAUUAAUGAUAAGAGGGAAAAUGAAGAUGCUUGUGGAGAUACGAUUCGAAAAUUUCAUGAGAACCGGAUGAGAUAUAAAGAUGUAAUAGAGAAGGAUUAGGCACUCAAAUUUACUAAUCAAAUUUAAUUAGAUGAUGAAUAGUAAACUCAAAUUAACACUCAAUCUCACCUGGAUGAAUACAUGAGAGAAGUCUAAAUGAAUAUAUAAAGAAUGAUUCAAUAAGUACAAUUAGAGUAAAUGAGGGAUCAUCCUGAAGUAAGAAAAGAAUGUUUCGAGUACGAUUCAAGCAUUAUUCAAUAAAGAAAAAUGGAAUCAUUGGCAAGUGAGAUUGUGUAAACUCAAGCACAAAUGAGAAUCUAUGAAGAACCUACUUAAGAGACAUAGAGGAAAACUGAACAAUUAGAAUAGGAUUGCGUAAUGUCAAAUUAGAAUGAUAAAAAGUUUGAAUUGUUGGCACAAAAGUUAAGAGCAUUAAAAUUCAAGAAUCCAGAUAAGUUUAAUUAAAUUGUAAGUACAGAGAUUGUAAAAACAGAUCUAUUUUUAUCAACUACCAAACAUAAAUAUAUAUUAGAAUGA